GUUGAAAUUAGUUGGAGAAGUUCAUGCUUUUCAAAUUUUCAAAAAUCACCCAAAAAUCCUCUCUCCAUGUGGAAGUCGGAAUCGGGUACCAUGACAGAUAACAACAACACAAACUCAUACAGAAGUUUUGAGGAGGAUGAAGACUUUGCCCUGGGCCAAGAUAUCCCUGUGGACAGUACAGCACGCGUAGGAACAGACGUCACCUUUAAUUGUAAAGACCAAGGCUAUUCAUACGUCCAAUGGGUAGAAUAUGCCUCACAAGGUGAUACAGGUGUCACUGUAUGGCAUACUGGUGGGCAAGUUUCAAAUCCUGCCAAGUAUGAAGUCGACUCUACAAGUGCCAAUAAAUAUACACUCACUAUUAAAAAUGUACAGUUAACAGAUGUAGGAAAGUAUGAGUGCCGGACAAUACCUUCAGCUGGACCACCAAAAGAUUAUGCAGCACAGUUGACUGUAAUACCUGUAGCACAACCAGAAUGUUGCAGCUCAAAUAAAUCAAGUGCCGAUGGAGCGCCAAUGGG